AUGCGUCCAUCAAUAAAACGUCCAUCAGUUAUAAUACCUCGUCCAACAAAAGCUUCAUUAGCUCGUCAAUCUAAAAUUCGAAAUUCUAUUCUUGUUGCAUCAACAACAACAACAACAAAUACAUUAAAAUCAAUACAAAAUGAAGAUAUAAAAAAUGAAAAUGAUUUAACUACAAUUGGUCUUAUUAAACAACAAGUACGACGUGCAACUACAGUAACAAAAAAUAAUGCUGUAUUUAAACGACGACGUUCAUUACAUAAAUUAGCUGUUAUUGUUUCGGGUUCAUCAUUAGAUAGUUCUACUAGUGAUGGUGAAAAAUUAAAACAAGUUAUUGUUGCUUCAUUAACUGAAAAUGUUAAAAAAAUGGAUAUUGUUGAACAACCAAAAAAUAAAAAUUUAAUUAAUAAUGAUAAUAAAGAAAAUCGUCAAUCAAAACGUCCAAUAACAACAACAACAAAUGUAAUACGUAAAAAACCAAUACAAAUACCAAUACAAGUACUUGAUAAAUAUACUGCUGAAGAAAUUAUAAUUGAAAUUAUUGAACAAGCUUUAACAAAUGAUGAUUUACAUAUAGAUGAUGAUGAUGAACCUAUUGAUCCAACAUAUGCUAUGGAUUAUGUUGCUGAUAUUAUGAAUUUAUUAUAUGCAUUAGAAAAAAAAUAUUCUAUACAAAUAACAUUUUUAACAAAUCCACCUUCAACAACAACAACAUCAUCAUUUCCAUUAACAACAAUGGCUACAAUGGCAAAUGGUAGUGCUACAAAACCAUGGAAACUUACAACAAAACAUCGAACUAUUGUUGUUGGAUGGAUUAUACAAUUAUUUUAUGCACGAUUUCAUUUAUCACAAGAUGCUAUGCAUCUUUGUAUCGGUUUACUUGAUCGUUUUCUUCAACAGUGUAUGAAUUCAGCAACAGCUGGUAGUGGAUUUGUUACACAAAAAAAUUUACAAUUAAUUGCUGUAGCUGCAUUUCUUAUUGCAGCUAAAGUUGAAGAAACACAUCAUCCACCUGUUGAUGAACUUGUAUAUGUUACUGAUCAUACAUAUACAAGUGAUCAAGUAAAACGAAUGGAAAAAAAAAUUCUACUUGAAUUACGCUUUGAACUCAAUCGACCUACAAGUCUUCAAUUUCUUCGUCGUUAUUCAUUUAUAUCAAGUGCUGGUGAUGAACAACAUGCUAUUGGAAAAUUUCUUAUUGAUAUGUCAUUACUUGAUGUUUCAUGUAUUGGUUUGGCUCCGUCACUUAUAGCUGCAAGUGCAACAUAUAUAGCACGUUAUAUUCUUAAUCCAAAUCAAUUAUUAACAUUUGAACAAUAUUGGCCGUAUGAAUUACAAAUUCGUUCACCAUAUAAAACAUAUGAAUCAUUAUCAAAUGGUAUAAAAAUUUUAGCACAAUUUAUUGAUAAAUAUUUAAUAGGAAAUAAUUCAAAAGAAUGUGAAAUACUUAUUAAACGUUAUGAACAUGAACAAUUAUCACAAGCAAGUUUAUAUUGUAUACAACAACAAACACUUAUUCAUAAAUUAGCAACUGAAGGAAUUUAA